ACGUGUCGAGAAACACGUGUAUUCCACUUUUAAGACUUAUAUUCGACCGUUUAAAUAUUCCUAUAAUAUAAUAUUUAUUUCUAUAAUAUAUUACUUAUAAUGUAAUACUUAGUGGUACAUAAAAUACAAUAUUUUUCCGAUAAUUCUGAAAACUAUGGGGUGUGCGGCCAAAUUCUUGUUAAUAAUUAGGACCAUUCGAUAUUCACACUCAUUGGUUGAGAGUCUCAGAAAAAGCAAAAUAAAUACAUAAAUAAAUAUAUUUGUUGCCGCUAAAUCACGACACAACUGCUAACAAACUUAACGUUGUGUAUUAUCGGUAACGUUGAGUGCGACACCGAAAUGAUACUGGUCGGUAAAUGCUUGUAUUAAAUGUCAACAAUUUUUGGACGCGAUGUAAUCGAAGAAGCGUUUGAUACAUGUUUUUAAUAAAUGGGAUUGAAAAUGAAGAAUACUUGUUUAAAAAUGAACAAAUUCAUUUUUGUCAAGGUAUUCCAAUGCAACUUUAAACAACUGUCAAAUUUAAUGAUAAUGCCAAAAAGAUAUCUUCAAACUCCACCUGAGAAAAAAUUGAAAACAGUCAAAGACUCUGUCAAAUCAACCAAGAACGUGACAAUUUCUACUGAACAUAACCUCGACAAAGUCACUACUUUUCUUAGCAAUAUGCAAACUGAAAAGCACGAUGAAAAGGUUUUAGACCAUAUUAAAACAGUUCCAGAGAUUAAAGUCGCCCAUUUAGACACACCUACUAAAUCGGAAAAUGACAAGAAAGAAUACAGGGUAAUUAAAUUAGAAAAUGGAUUGACAGCUUUGUUAAUCUCGGAUAUGCAUUCCCGAGCCUCUCAAAAUUGUAAUAAUGAAACAGAAAUGAAUGCAAUAGCUAGUGACAAUGAGAGUGAAGAAGACAAUGAAGAUGAUGAGACUGAAAGUGAGGGCGACGAUGAUGAUUAUGAAGAUGAUGAUGAUGAUGAUGAUGAUGAGGAUGAUGAUGAUGAUGAGGACGAUGAAGAUGAUGCAGAAAAUGAUCAAGUUGAAGAACAUAAAAUGGAUUCAAAAAAAUCCUCUGCUCGUCGUAAACAGUUAAUAAGAGAAGAAAAAAUGGCAGCAUGCGGUUUAUCUGUGGGUGUAGGCAGUUUUAGCAAUCCUCCAGAAAUCCCUGGUUUGGCACAUUUUUUGGAGCACAUGGUCUUUAUGGGAUCCGAAAAGUAUCCUGAGGAGAAUGACUUUGAAGCAUUUAUCAAAAAAAGAGGAGGUUCAGAUAAUGCUUCUACUGAUUGUGAAGUAACAACAUUUUACUUUGAAGUUCAAAAAAAGCAUCUUUUAUCUGCUCUUGAUCGAUUUGCACAAUUUUUUAUUAAACCCUUAAUGAAAAAGGACGCUAUAACGAGAGAACGUGAAGCUGUAGAAAGUGAAUUUCAGAUGGCCUUACCGUCUGAUGUGUACAGAAAAGAACAAUUGUUUAGUAGCUUUGCAAAACCAGAUCAUCCUGCCACAAAAUUUUCAUGGGGUAACUUGGUAACAUUACGCGACAAUAUAGAAGACGAUAAAUUGUAUGAACAAUUGCAUAAGUUCAGGGAAUAUCAUUAUAGCGCUCACAGAAUGACCCUUUCCAUACAAGCUAGACUUCCAUUAGACGUAUUAGAAGAUUAUGUAAAACAAUGUUUUGCAAAUGUACCGAACAAUGGGUUACCUCCAGAUGAUUUUACAGUGUUCAAAGGAGCAGAUUCCUUCGAUACACCGAGUUUUCGUAAAAUCUAUAAAAUCAAACCAACAAAAGAUAUUUGCAAAGUAGAAUUAACAUGGGUGAUGCCACCUAUGCACGACUUGUACAAAAGUAAACCACACCAUUACGUUUCACAGAUCGUUGGAUACAAAGGAAAAGGUUCUUUGAUCAGCUAUUUAAAAAAAAAGAUGUGGUGUUUGGAUAUUAACAGCGGAACCGACGAAAGUGGUUUCGAGCACAGCUCCAUGUACGCAUUGUUUAAUUUAUCGUUAGUGUUGACCGAACAGGGACACGAGCAUCUACAAGAAGUACUGGACGCUGUAUUCUCUUAUAUUAAAAUGGUGCGUAAGGAGGGACCCCAGAAACGAAUAUAUGACGAAAUGCAUAAAAUAAGAGAAACGAGAUUCAGAUACAUGGAUGAUAUACCACCAGUCGACUAUGUGGAAGAUUUAUGCGAGAGUAUGCAUUAUUAUCCUCCUCAAGAUUAUAUAACUGGUGGCCAUUUAUAUUUCGAAUACAAUCCCGAGGCUAUACAAGUAUGUAUGAAUUACUUGAUCCCGGAUGACGUGAACAUUAUAAUUUUUAAUAAGAAAUACAACGAUGAAGAAUUCGAGAAGAUUGAGCCAUGGUUCAAAACUAAAUACACCGAUAUGGAGAUACCGAAAGAAUGGAUGGAACGCUGGCGUACCAUAGAACCAUUGCCCGAGUUCCAUUUACCGCUACCGAAUAUUUUCCUUGCCGAUGAUUUCAGUCUUAUCCCUAUACCAUCAGAUGUUCCUAAGUAUCCCACAAAAAUCUAUUCAGAUGAAAUAGUUGAAGUUUGGUAUCGACCUGAUCCAAAGUUCCGUCUACCUGAAUGCUAUAUGUAUUUUUAUAUUAUAUUACCUUCGAUUACUUAUUCGCCUAAAAGUGCCGCUUUGGCAGACUUAUUUACCUCAAUAUUGAGGCAACUGUUAGUAGAAGAAUUGUAUCCUGCAAUUGACCUAAAUUAUGAAAUUUACACAAGCGACAAAGGUAUUGCUGUUAAAGUGAGUGGAUUCAACCAGAAACUGCCGUUAUUAUUAUUCACUAUAGCAAGGUACAUUGCGGAGUUUCCGACACUCGUGACAAAAGAGUUAUUUGACAUUAUGAAGGAAAAACAAAUUAAAGAUUAUUACAACAGAUUUUUAAAGCCUAAUAAGCUAGUGGAUGACGUGAGGUUGUCAAUUUUAUUGUUGGUUCAUUGGUCGGCUACUGACAGACAUAUGGCUCUCAGCGAUGUUGAGUUCGAAGAGUUUCAGAAUUUUGUCAAGUACCUCACCAAUCACGUUUACAUCCAGAGCCUGGUGCAGGGUAACAUGACAAAGGAAGAUGUUAUUAAAAAUGUGCAGGAAUUCAUUAAGAUACUGAAAUGUGGACCAGUAUUGCCUAAUACUUUGCCUCAGAUCAGAGUUACCCAAAUACCAAUGGGUUCUCAUUGCUGCAAAGUAAGGAAUUUCAAUGGAAAGGAUGUAAAUUCUGUUAUAACAAAUUACUAUCAAUCUGAUGUAGCGUCUAUUAAAUUGUUAAUCAUCAUUGAACUUAUUAUUAUGAUUAUGGAGGAGCCUGCUUUUAAUCAGCUGAGAACAUUGGAGCAACUUGGCUACGAUGUCUUCUGUCUUGUCAGGGAAACUUUUGGAAUACUCGGAUAUUCUGUUACAGUUCAGACUCAAGCAGAUAAGUAUUCAACGGAACAUGUGGAUAAUAGGAUCGAAGCAUUUUUAGAGCUCAUCAAUAAAAUUCUGAAGGAAAUGACGGAGAAGGAAUUUGAGCUCAUAAAGGAGACAUUGACAAAAGAGAAGCAAUGCGCUGAUAUAAGUUUAGAGGAAGAAGUUAGCAGAAACUGGGCAGAGAUUGUGACAGAAGACUACAUGUUCGACAAAAUUGAAAGGGAAUUAGUUAUGAUAAAACAGAUCAAACUCACUGACCUCUGUGAAUGGAUGAAAUCUCAUACCACCAAUGGAAGCAAUUUAAGGAAGUUAAGUGUACAAGUUAUUGGAACUUCUAAAACAACAGAGAAAGAAAGUAGUGACAAUGUUGACUCACGUAUAAACAAACAAGAAAGCAAUUCGGAAGUAGAGAAAACUGGAAACAAGAAGUAUCCGUUUAGUUAUAUUGCCAACAUGGAAUGCGAGGACGACACGUGUUCAACAAAUUACAUCACUGACGUACAAGAGUACAAAAGCAGACUGUAUAGUUAUCCUAUACAUCGCACACUGCCUUCUAAUAUAAAACUCAAUUAAAUUAAUAUACACACUAAUAUCUAACCUGUUAACUGUGAAAUUUAAUUUCAGAAAUCUUUGAUAAUGCUUACAAUGAAAUUAAAUAAUGAAGUGUAUGCUCGUAUAACACAGACCAAAUGCACCUAUAAUAUAUUCUAACAAAAAGCUAAAGCAAAACGAAGAAGAAUUACACAUUUAUCUGAAAAAAUAAAUAAUUUAUCAUUGACAGAAUUAGUAUCAUUUUGCUUUUAAGAUGAUAUGUAUACACGUCGAAUGCAGUUAAUUGGUUAACUCUGUUUAGCAAACAAUAAAAUGAAAUAAAAAUGAAAUUCAUAUUACAAACACCAUGGUCUGUUCCAUUACCAAUAAUAUUGUUCUAUUUAAUACACGAUUUUGAUAAAAUAAAAUAAAUUUAAACAACCUUCACAAAACAUGAAUGUUCCACCAUUACUGUUUUAGACUGUGAAAAUACUGUUUACAAUACGUAAUGGAAUUAAAUAACUGUUUCAUAGGAGGAUGGACUGUGUUUUCAAAUGAUUAGAUCGAGUUAGAUAUUUAAUAAUUACUUGUAAUUAUAAAUUUAAAUCUUUAGAAAAAACAAAAUAGCUUAGAAUAUAGACAAUCAAGCAAACAUAUAAGGCAGCAAAAGAGCGAGAGUAUGAAAAUAAAGUGGAAGCGAAUCUUAAUGAUACAAGAUUGUGUUCAUUUUUUUAUAUAGUUCUUUUAAUUGUAUUCAAGACAUGACAA